AUGCUUUCCGCGGUAUUUCUGUUUGCCCUUGUGGCUGACAUUGUCUCCGGACAGACAUUUAGCAAAUGCAAUCCUCUCAAGCAAAACGGAUGUCCUCCUGACCCCGCGUUCAGCAACCGGCAAGCAUCAUGCAAUUUCGCCGCCAACACAUGUGGUGUUUUCACGCCUCUCUCCGGCGGCAUCUCGUAUGGUCGUAACGGGGCCGUUUUCACAAUCAACUCACCGUCUGAUUCUCCUACCAUCGCCUCAGACAAGUACAUCUUCUUUGGGAAACUUGAGGUUGUUGUCCAGGCAGCACCGGGCCGAGGCAUCGUGACCAGCAUGGUUCUCCAAUCCGAUGACCUAGACGAGAUUGACUGGGAAUUCAUCGGCAGCGACAACGCCCGCGUCCAGACAAACUACUUCUCCAAAGGCGACACCAGCGUCUACAACCGUGGCCAAUUCCACCCCGUCAGCAACCCCGUCGGCUCAACUCACAAGUACACCAUUGAAUGGACAAGAAGCAAAGUCGUGUGGUCCAUCGACGGCAGACCUGUUCGCACGCUCCUCGCCAAAGAUUGCCCUCCCGGCCCGGCUGGGUUUCCCCAGACGCCCAUGCAGAUCAAGCUGGGAACGUGGGUGGCUGGAAAGCAGGGCAAUGCACAGGGUACCGUCGACUGGGCUGGCGGGUAUGCCGACUGGAGCAGGAAGCCGUUUGUGGCGUUCUACAAGAGCGUUACAAUUACUGAUUAUGCGGGCGGUGAUGGUCCAGGGCGGGCGGCGAGGCAGUAUGUUUAUGGCGACAAGAGCGGAACCUGGCAGAGCAUUCGCGUUCAGUAA